AUGGCCCUCGGCUGGAGACACGGUCUCAGUGCUGUCCGUCGGCCCUUUCAGCGUCUGUCCUGCUCGACACUUCACAGAUUCUCGACAAGAUGCCAGUCCUAUGAAGAUACGUUGCCGAAUCUCAAGAUAGGAUCUCAUACCAGAGUUCUCUUCCAGGGGUUUACCGGUAAACAGGCGACGGCCAACGUCAAGGAAUCACUUGCAUGGGGAACGAAGAUUGUGGGAGGAGUAAAGCCUGGUGUUGAGGGUGAACAUCUGGGACUUCCCAUCUUCCCGUCUGUUCGGGUAGCACAAGAGACGACAAGACCAGAUGCUUCGGCAGUAUAUGUACCCGGAAACCAAACGGCCAAAGCUAUAGAAGAAGCUCUCGAGGCAGAGAUCCCCCUUAUCGUUGCUGUUGCAGAACAUGUCCCCAUCCACGACAUGCUAAGGAUACACUCCAUGCUCAAAACACAGUCUAAAUCACGCCUCGUCGGCCCAAACUGCCCGGGAAUCAUAUCAGCCAUUGGGAAAUGUCGAAUUGGCUUCCAACCCCUUCCAUGCUUUGCUCCGGGGAAUGUUGGGAUUGUGGCCAAGUCAGGCACACUCGGCUAUGAGACUGUUGCCUCUACGACGAGGGCUGGGUUAGGGCAGAGUCUGUGCAUCGGUAUGGGUGGUGAUGUUCUUGCCGGUACUGACUUUGUGGAUGCGCUAAGGGUGUUUGAGCAUGAUGAUGAUACGCAUGGCAUUAUCAUUGUUGGCGAAAUAGGGGGUGAGGCGGAGAUGGAGGCUGCAGAGUGGAUUACCAGGUAUAGAAGCAGGAAUGCAGAGGCAAAACCGAUAAUGGCACUGGUCGGCGGUAUUGAAGCUCCGCCGGGACGGGUGAUGGGCCAUGCAGGUGCGUGGACGGGAGCAGGGGAGCCAGAUGCCAGAACGAAGAUACGGGCAUUGCAGUCCGCCGGCGUGGUUAUGGUCGACCAUCCUGAGAAAUUUGGCGAGGGUAUGAAGACGUUGUUGGCUGGUGCGGGUAGAAGGUCUAUAUCGAUAUCAUCUAGGACCAUUCAGCAACGAGCGUCAUAUCACACCUUUUCCAGAAGAAAUCCAAUAACCCCUCAACCGCAUAGAUUCUCAUCAUCUCAAAGGAGAAGUUUAUACAUCAAAUCUUCUGAUGCAUUCAACUUAUUGAAAGAGCAGAAUAUCUCCAUCCCCAGCUCCAAGGGGCCGGCUGAAUUCACCCUUGCUCUCGCCAUAGAUCGUAAAUCAUGCGGCCCCUGCAUAAAUAUCAGCAGUGGUGCAAAUGGCAACACUCACAAGUUUCCAUUCAACUAUCACACUCGCAAUUUCGACAUUGCAUCUAUAGCGGAUACCCUCGACUUUGCCAAAUAUCAUCCAUCAGCUACCAAAUCAUUGGAAGAUCUAUUGCACAAGCUGAUGAACAUCUUCGUAUCCAAGGAAGCCUUCCUUCUGGAGGUGAAAGUCAGGCUGACACAAGACACAAAUGAUGUACAUGUUCUUGAUGCGCGGUUCGGGUUCGAUGACGCUGCAUACCGUAGCUCAGGCAGACAAGGUGAUAUCCACGCACUGAGAAAUAAGGCAGACGAGGUGCCAGCUGAAGUCGAGGCAGAGAAAGACGUAAACGGUGCCGGCCUAGCGAUGAAUACUGUCGACGCCCUCACCCUCCACGGCGGAAGCUGCGCCAACUUCCUCGACACAGGCGGCAAGGCCACCGCAGAAACAGUCAAGUCAUCCUUCCGUGUCAUCCUAUCUGACACACGAGUAAAGAGCAUCUUCGUGAACAUCUUCGGAGGCCUGACGCGAUGUGAUAUGAUCGCCGAGGGUAUCAUCAUGGCCUUCCGCGACCUGGGUAUGAAAGUGCCUGUUGUAGUCAGGCUAAGAGGAACAAACGAGCAGCUUGGUCAAAAGAUGAUAGCGGAGAGCGGCCUUCCCCUCCAUGCCUUUGACUCUUUUGAGCACGCAGCAAAGAAAGCCAUCAGUUUAUCCCAGGAAUCUCGAUAG